AUGUCGAACAAGCCAGCAGCAAGGAAGCCGAAGGCCGACCGCGUCAAGUCAGCCGAAGACGCCUUGGGUGAGCAGGCUCUCAAAAUCUUACUUCCACGAGACUGCAAGCCGGAUGUGGAAGGGCUCAAGGUCAACCAAGCUCGGAAUGAGCACGCCGUCCAAUCCCGACCCACCACUCAUUGUGCAACAGAUAAGGGGAUGAAACCUCGUUUGCUGAACAUGCAGAACAAGAAACCCCAUCUAGGUGGCCUGCAGAUUGGUCUUUUCGACCAUAUCCCUCGUUGGCGCAAGAAUGUGACUGUCAAUUGGGUCGCUUUUGCAGAUGGAUAUGAGACUCCUGACGACGCCCUAUUUGCCGCCAAGGCAAUGCGGCGUGCGACCGAGGAGUGGAACGCUCUUGACUUCGGUGUCCAGUUCAAACAGGUCGACAGCCUUGAGGAUGCCAAUUUCGCGCUGGGCUAUGGUGGCCAACCAGCUUCGCGAGACCGCGUUCUGGCUGAGGCAUAUUUCCCCACCGCCGAUGAUAUCAGCGAUGUAAUUGUGUACAAGCUGCAGUUCAAUCCGCAGGUUAAGCAUGAGAUGCAUAAUACCUUCCUCCACGAACUGGGACAUGUCCUUGGCCUCCGACAUGAGCAUGCAGAGUGGUCGGGCAGGUUGUUUGAAGGCGGUUCCACUACGAUUGGAACAACCAACCCCAAGUCCGUCAUGUCAUAUGAUCCCGAAGAGCCUCCAAUCAUCCGUGAUUCGGACAAAGAAGGCAUAAGGAAGUUCUACGCGCUCAGAGCCGGAGAGACCUUCGGAGGUAUGGAAGUCGUCUUGUAUAUACCGGAUAAUUGA